AGACUGUUGGGGUGUGAGAGAGGGCUGGCUGCUGCAGACUGAGCCUCUCUGCAUUGUGUGUUGGAGCAGACAGCUGGGGGGCUAGCAAGACAUGUCUCUCUCUGCUGAUUAGUAGCCACAUUUGGGAAGCACGUUUAACUGGUCAUUCCUUUGUUGUUUUGGGGGAGGAUAUUGCUCUUGGUCACCCAUAUCCUCCUCCUCCCCUCUCUGGCUUGGUGCAGGCUGUGUGUGUAUGUGAUCUCAGCUAUGUCGGAUGACGAUUCCAGGGCCAGCACCAGCUCCUCUUCAUCAACCUCAUCGACCCAGCAAAUAGAAAGAGAACCGGGCCACAACAACAACAACAACUCGUCAGUCACAAAGAAAAAGGAGACCAAAGUCAGCAUGAGCAAGAACUCCAAGCUGUUGUCCACCAGCGCUAAAAGGAUUCAAAAGGAGCUGGCAGAUAUCACUCUGGACCCACCUCCCAAUUGCAGUGCUGGACCCAAGGGGGACAACAUCUAUGAAUGGAGAUCAACAAUUCUGGGUCCACCCGGCUCUGUCUAUGAGGGAGGAGUGUUUUUCCUGGACAUCACAUUCACACCUGAAUAUCCUUUCAAACCACCAAAGGUGACAUUUCGGACAAGGAUCUAUCACUGUAAUAUUAACAGCCAGGGCGUGAUCUGUCUUGAUAUCCUCAAAGAUAACUGGAGUCCAGCCCUAACUAUUUCUAAAGUUCUCCUAUCCAUCUGCUCACUGCUUACAGACUGCAAUCCUGCUGAUCCUCUGGUCGGAAGCAUCGCCACUCAGUACAUGACCAACAGAGCUGAGCAUGACAGAAUGGCCAGGCAGUGGACCAAGAGAUACGCUACAUAAGUCUGACACUUUCCAAUACCACCUGUCUGAUGGAGAGAGCUGCUCAUACAUUUGAAGGGGGCGGGGAGGGGGGUUGGUAAAGAAUAGGGUAUUUCUAUAAACAGAUUUUAUUCAGUCUUUUAUUUCCAGAGACUUUUUUUUUUUGUUAUUGUAACUUAAGGUAUCUUUCUACAGUAAGUGGCAACAUUGUGUAGGGGCAUCUUUAUCAGACAGGAGCUCUGACAGCUGAGGGGAAUACAGAAGAAUGUAAAGUCUGUAUUUUGUUUUCCAUUAAUGCUUUUUCUUUUGGAUGCAAUAUGUAAACUUUUGAAACUACUUAAUUUUGUACAGUUACAUUGCAUAUAAUGUAAGUGUCUAUGUAAAGUCCUUUUUCUGGGGCAUUGAUAUGAAUGCAUAUUUUUUAUAUGAAUAGAAGAGUCACGCUGCACUCUGAAAGCUGUAUAACCCUGUGUCUACCAAAGAGGCCUGCAGUGGAUACAAUCUGCAGAUUUCAGGUAUCAAUAGGGUUAAAGGGUGGUCAUUCCUUAUCGUGGAAAAAUAACUGGUUAAAUUAGGUAUUAUAAAACAUACAACUUUAUAUAUUUCCUUUAUAAGUCUUAAAUUCAGGGUGGAAAAAAUUAAUGGGAACCUGUAGUGAAAUACCUUAAGCUGUUUUAAUUGUAAAGGUGGAUAAGAAUUACUAUGUAGAUUGGUUAUAUGUUGUAGACUAAUAAAGUCUGCAUUUGUUACUGUGUUAAUAAAAAUGGAAAAAUAUAAAAA